AUGUUUGUCGUUGCUCUUACUCUAUCAACGACCAUUAUUAUCGGUGUAUUUUCAUUUCUUGUACUCCGACAAUAUAAUCGAGUAAAAAAACGUGAUGCUGCUCGUCGUCGAAUACAAACUUAUUCACCUACAAAACCUUCGUCACUAUUAACUUCUUCAUACGAUCCAUUAGAUCAUUCAUCGUAUUGGUAUCCUGUUGCAUUUUCACAUGAAAUAUCAUGUGGUUCAGGUCGACCAUUUGGUUUUCUUUUACUUAAUGAACCUUUAUGUUUAUACCGAACAAAUGACGGUCAAGUUGUAUGUGUAUUAGAUGUUUGUCCACAUCGAUCAGCUCCACUUAGUUUAGGUCAAAUAACAAAAGAAGGUAAUCUUGAAUGUAUGUAUCAUGGAUGGCAAUAUGGUGCUAAUGGUCAAUGUGUUUAUAUUCCAUCAGUAUCAAAAAAAUCGAAUACAGCUUCAUUAAUUUGUGCUCGAACAUUACCAGUUCAUGAACAAUAUGGAUUUAUUUGGAUAUGGCCAGGAAAAAGAGAAUUAGCUAAUAGGGAUUUAAUUCCACAUCGACUUUUUACUGAUGUUCAAAAUGUAAAUGGUGAAUAUUUAUUAUCUCCAGAAGAUUCAUGUUAUCUUGAUAUUCCCUAUGAUUUAAUGGUUGAUAAUUUACUUGAUAUGGCUCAUGUGGAUUUUACACAUGAUGGAAGCAUCGGUAAACGAUCACAAGCAUCAUGUAUUCGAUCUGAACGCAUUACACCUUCACCGUAUUUCUCAACAAAUAGUGAAUCAGCUUCAUUCAAAGUAAAACGACAUGAACAAUCUCGAUCACUUUCAUGGAAUGACUUCAGUUACUUUCAUUUUAUUCCACCAUGUUUUGUUCGUUUGGAUCAUCAUGACAGUAAGAAGGGACGAGUAUUUGUUCAAAUAUUUUAUAUAAUACCAAGUGCUGAAAAUAAAAUGCGUCUCUUAUUACAGUUCUAUCGUAAUUUUGCUUGUUAUAAAUGGAUUGAAUAUAUACCUGGUUUUGAUUAUGUGGCCGAAAAAAUGAACAAGAGAAUUAUCGAUCAAGAUUUACUUUUACUUAAUGGAAUUCAUCGUAAUAUUACUCAAAUGGGUGCUAAACCAUUAGGUAAAAUUGUAUCAGCUGAUGGACCAAUUAAAGCAUUUCGUCAAUAUCAAUCAAAAGCUUUAGCAAAAUUCGAAACAAUCUAUGUAAAACAAGGAGCAUGGAAGACAACAACGAAAUCAUCCGAUGAUGAAAUACAAGAAGUUGAUAUUGAAGAUUUAACAAUGAAAUAA